AUGACACAACCAUAUAUCCAAAUGGUGCUGCGGCUUCUAAUACUAUGUCUGCCAGCCCUGGGUGUAUCAACACAGAAGGUCACAAGCUCCCCUACAAGUUAUGUUCUAAAAGGAUGGGUUCCAAACGCUUGCACACUGGUUGUGUGUCCGCCACCUGAAAGAAACCCAGAAGAGGAAAAUGGAAAUCAAGGUGUCCAGGGUCGGGUAGGAACACUCGGCAUCCAUGGGCCACAAAGAGAUGAUAGAGCAAUACGUAAAAAGAGAUCAAGAAGAGACACUAACCAAGUAGAGCUUGAGCGCCUUAGACAGGAAAUAAGGGACUUACAAACACAACUCAACAUUUACCGAGCCGCAGUCAACAAGACCCUGAAAGUUCUCCUCAUGCCCAAUGGCGUGAUGGCUGGUGACAAAAUAUUCAAAACCGACGGCACCACAGGUGACUACGAGACCGCGAAAACCCUCUGUGCCCGAAUGGGUGCGACGAUUGCCUCGCCAAGGAAUACUGCGGAGAACAGAGCGGUACAACAAAUAGUCCAGUGGCAGAACAAGAAUGCUGUUCUAGGAAUCAGUGACGUCAAACAAGAAGGCCGUUUUGUCAAUAUGAAGGGUGAAAUGAUAGGCUACUCCAACUGGGCAUCAGGAGAACCAAAUAAUCUUGAAAACGAAGACUGCGGAGAAAUACAUCCAGAUGGCAAAUGGCAUGAUCGACGGUGUGAACUCGAGUGGUUAAUCAUUUGCCAAUUCUAA